UAAAUGUCAAUAUGCAUUGUCACAUCUGUCAAUAGUAGUGUUUUGGGUGCGUUUCGGGUGUAGAACCGCUAUUUCGUGCGUAAUCUCCUCCUUUAAGUUAAAUGCAGUUAAAAUUGCGUUAAACCUGCGUAAAAACCCGUCGUUUCAUUCAACGCAUAGUCAUGGCUUGGCGCUUCAAAGCUUCGAAAUACAAAAACGCGGCCCCCAUUGUCCCCAAACCAGAGAACUACGUGCGCGAUAUCUGCGUGGGGUCUUACCAGACCUAUGGGAACAACAUCUCAGCUUCGGCCAAAUUCAUGGCCUUUAAUUGGGACCACGCCGGUUCGAGUCUCGCCGUCUUGCCCUUGGACGACUCGGGCCGCAAGAGCAAGCUCAUGCCUCUCUUGCACGCGCAUUCGGACACCGUCACCGACUUGGAGUUCUCGCCGUUUCACGACGGGUUACUGGCCACCGGGUCGCAGGACUGUCUCGUCAAAAUCUGGCAUAUCCCCGAAACGGGGCUCCAGGAGUCGCUCAGUAACCCCGAGUGCACGUUCUCGCACAAGCAGCGUCGAGUGGAGACCGUGGGCUUCCACCCCACGGCCGAUUUCCUCCUCCACUCGACCUCGUACACCACGUUGACCCUCUGGGACUUGAUCUCGGGCCAGGAGGUGUUUUCCAACGCUGAACCCUCCGACGUUAUCCAAUCGGUGAGUUGGAAACGGGACGGAACUCUGGUUGCGACCUCUUCGAAAGACAAACAAGUGCGAAUUUUGGACCCGAGGGUCGAGCAAGCGUGCGUUAAAACGGCCAAUAGCCACCAAAGUAUCAAAGAUUCGAGGAUUGUCUGGCUUGGUGAUAGUAAUAGGGUUUUGACGACGGGUUUCGACGCGCAAAGACUGCGACAAAUCAUCGUACGUGAUUUGAGAAAUUUCGGCGAAGCGGAAAAAAGCAUAGAACUUGAUUGUUCUACCGGAAUUCUUAUUCCGCUCUAUGACGCCGAUACCGGGAUGUUGUUCCUGGCCGGAAAAGGUGAUACCACGAUUGGGUACAUGGAAGUUACGGACAAGGAGCCGUAUUUGACCGAAGGAAUACGGCAUUCAGGGGAACAAACCAAGGGGGCUUGUCUUGUACCCAAGCGAGCCCUCAAUGUUAUGCAAGGCGAAGUCAAUAGGAUUUUGCAGUUGACAAGCACUUGUGUUAUUCCGAUUACGUAUCAAGUACCCAGGAAAACAUAUAGGGACUUCCACGCUGACUUGUAUCCCGAUACGCCCGGAUACAAGACUGAGUUGACGGCCGCUCAGUGGUUGAACGGCAAAAACAUUCCACUCCCGAAAAUUAGUUUGGAUCCUUCAAAGCGCGAAAAUGGCGAAGAACCAAUCAUAGUACAUAGAGGACCCCUUUCGAAACUCCGAGAAGAGUACGAAAACGAAAAAGUAAUCGAACCAAAACCCGUCCCCAAAAAACCCUUCCAACCUAAAAUCACGGCGACGAUAACGAAAAACGAUUUCCAUCCGGUAAAGGAAAUUCUAAAAGAUUUCGAAAAGCCGGAAAUUCAAGAUAAUAAAGUUGCGGAAAAUAACAAGAUUAAUUUAGAAGAAACAGCAGUACCGAAUGUCGUACCGCCAAAACCCUUACCGCGCACCUCUCGAACCGGUUCCAUUUGCGAACCACUGGAAGACCAAAAUAACCCCCCCAAACCAGUCGCUAGACCUCGGACGAACAGCGCGACACCUAUCGUCACAUCGGUUAACCCCAAUGUGCCCAUAGCAGGAGGAUACAAGCCUCGUUUGGGUCCAAAGCCCUUCACUCCUCCAAAACUCAACGAGUCUGAAAGUAGCUUCGACAAAGUUUUUUCGGUGCCAGCCGUCCCAAGCCAACCGCAACAAAGUAACGGAGUGCACGAACCGAAAACACCCGACUCACAACCCCCAACUCCUUCACAACCCGACAAAGAAAUCGAGGAGGAGGCACCCGAACCCCCCAAAACGCCAAGUACGGCCGAACGAAGGAAACUCUUCGAAAGCAACACUAAAGAGAACGAACCGGAAGAUAACUUCGACGUUAUCGACCAGAGCGGAAACUUUGAAAGGGCCUCGCCACAAAGGAGUAGCAUCGCUGAGAGGAGGAAAAUGUACGAAAAUCGAUCGCAAUCGGUGCAGGAAACACCGACCAUUAUUGAGAAGGCCGGGGGGUCACCGGUGAUGCUGCGGCGGAAGGAUUCGUUCAAAAAUAGGAAAAAUACAGAGGAUGUCCUCAAAGAGGAUAACAAUAGGAAGAGCGGACAGGUGUCCAAACAGAUGUCGCUCGAGCAGAGCGCCAGGAAAAGCGAGAAUUUUGCGACUCCGACGCCGAAGAGGACCUCCACAGUGUUUGGUCGGGUGUCGAAGUUCCGCCACCUGAAAGGCACGCCUGCCCACAAAUCGCUCCACAUCGAGAACAUCCGUAACCUCAGCCGCCAAAUCUCGGGUGAAUGUGACGGCUUCCACGCAAACCCUGACCGUGUGGCGGUGCCUCUGAGUGGCCCCGGCGGUAAAAUCGCCAUUUUCGAGUUGAGCAAAACGGGUAAAUUACCCGAUGGGGUGAUUCCAGCCCUUGUCCAUGGCAGUAACAUCAUGGACUUCGCUUGGGAUCCCUUCGACAACCAACGCCUGGCUGUGGCGUGCGAUGACGGCGUUAUCAAGCUGUGGAAAAUCCCCGAAACGGGGCUCAGUGAGCCGACGAACGAGGCGGAAGCCGAGUUUAACGCUCAUCCUGAUAAGAUUUACUUUAUCAAGUUUCAUCCCACCGCUAGGGAUGUCUUGGCCUCGGGAUCGUACGACAUGACGAUCAAAAUUUGGGAUUUGGCGACUUUGAGCGAGAAGAUUGUCUUGAGGGGGCACACGGAUCAGAUGUUUAGUUUUGCGUGGUCGCCAUGUGGGGCGUUUUGUUCGACGGUGAGCAAAGACGGGAAGAUCAGGAUUUAUAAGCCACGGGCCGGGGAUUUACCCAUUAGGGAGGGGAAAGGGCCGGUUGGGAGUCGCGGGGCGAGGAUUGUUUGGGCCCUGGAUGGCGGGUUUAUCGUCGUUACGGGAUUUGAUAAAGUCUCCGAGAGACAAAUCAUGGUUUUCAAAGCCACUGAUUUGUCAAAUCCCUUAAAUACGAUUGGUCUGGACGUGUCCCCGGCUAUCUUGAUUCCGUUUUACGAUGAGGACAGCUCGACUUUGUUCGUGACGGGGAAGGGCGAUUUGACGAUUUAUGCGUUCGAAAUUACGGAGGAAUCGCCCUAUAUAUGCCCCUUAAGCCACCACAGGUGCAAUAAUCUACACCAAGGUCUUUCAUUUUUGCCAAAAAAUGUGUGUGAUGUCAGUAAUGUCGAAUUUGCGAAAGCGCUAAGACUCACUAAUAAUACGAUAGAGCCGUUGUCUUUCACCGUUCCAAGGAUUAAAACGGAACUCUUCCAAGACGACUUGUUCCCCCCGACCAAGGUCACGUGGAAACCAAGUUUGUCAAGUACAGAGUGGUACAAUAACAAAGAUAAAACCCCACAAAGGAUCAGUCUCAAGCCAGAAGGCAUGGAUUUGUUAUCCGAGUCUCAAGGCCAGACUAAUCCUGAAAGGACCAUAAACAAGUCUGCUUCCACUCCUUUCAUUGGAGCCUCUCAGCCUUAUAACAGGUUAGCGUGGAACGCCGAUUUGAACGAAAAAACUAAAAUGAAACAAGAGGAGUUGCAGAAAUCUGUGAGUAACAGGAUGGAGGUCAACUUGAAGUUGGAACAGGACGAGAUGGAAGGCGUUGAUGAAAAAGAAUGGACCGAUUAAUUUGACUUGACUCUCUAGCCGCCUUAAUCAUGACAUACUUUUUAAUUUAAUUCCUAGUAUCGCUAAGAUAUAAUCAUCGCUUAAUUUCGAUAUUACGCAAUUUACACAAGUGAUUUUUUUAUAUUUUUAUAGAUUUUACGCUUUGAUAUUUUUCUACAGUUAUUAUGACAUCUAGUCAGAUUUUUCUAUGUGAUCUCUGAUAGUUCUCCAAACAUUCCCGACUCUGCAUUUAAUCUGCCAUAGCGGUGCCAAAAUUAAACGACCAAAUUUCUUGCUCACUCCCGGUAACCAAUCGCUCAAAACAAUUUUUUAGUCAUUUAAGUGCUAUAAUUUAUUUCGUAUUGUGUAAUUUAGUGUUGUGACAGUGUAGGAUGUAGUUCAUGUAAGGUUUAAAUGUCACUAAAUUAUUUAUUACUCUUUUAAUUUCCUGAUAAAAAAGCAAAUAUACAACUUUUCCAGAUAAA